AUGCCACGUCAUGACACCUUCUCACCUUCGCAAAGUCAACUUUCUCUCUCAACAGUCUCAACCUCGACCACCUCCGACACAGAUCCAUGCAACUCGGCAUCUCAUGGCUCAGUGGUCAACCCCGACACCUCUGAUACCCAAGUGCAAGUACCACGCAGCAGACCCAAAAGGGAUAAAACAGAUCCCCUAGAUCCCUACGAGGAAUAUUUCAUCCAGCAAGCCAAACUCUUCAAGCACCUGGAAAAGAGAUAUAGCAAAUUUCAGAAAAAGCAGAAAGAGGAACAAGCUCGUGCGAGGGACAACAGGCUCAAUAGGAAACAUACACCUGCACCUGCUCCGGUAAAACCUAAGAAGAAAAAGGACAAACAGCGAAUAGCCAGUAACUCGGAUAGUGAUACUUCGAAUUCUUCCAGUACAUCUUCUGCAGAAACAGACAAUAUGAUAGGAUCAAGUGUUGCUGCUAUCAGGGGACAAGCCGGGAAGGCGGUAGCUCAAGCUGUCCGUCCGGCAAUCUCGAUUACUCGAGCCUCCUCACCAGCUGCUUCCGCAUCUUUCUCCUCUACCGCUUCUACCUCUGUUCGAAGUCAGAAACUUCAGACCAAGAAGAAGAAGUUUGUUAACCCAGAUGCCAUGACUGCCACAGAAGCUGUCCGAGUAUUACGAGCACUUGAAAUCGCCAAUCCCACAUCAUCCUAUUCAUUGACGCUAUCUACCAAAUCAACCAAAUCAUCUCUUCCUAUCAGAGGACAUUUCCACUUACCUCUUGACCCCCGACGAUCCUCAGAGACCAUCCUGGUAUUUGCCGAACCCAGUUCAACUUCGUCGACAUUAGCUAAACAGGCAGGUGCAGCUUAUGUCGGUGGAGAAGAGUUGUUCGAAUCGGUACUGUCGGGUAAGAUCUCGCCAACGAGAUGUUUGGCCACUCCCGGUAUGAUGCCUCAGGUGACAAGGAAUCUGGCGAGAUAUCUUGGUCCAAAAGGUUUGAUGCCAGUGGCUAAAAGAGGGUUGGUAGGAGAAGGUGAAGAAUUGGCUGAAAAGAUUAGAGACGCAGCUGGUAGAAUGGAAUAUAGAGCCGAUAAGGAGGGGUUGGUCAGGAUUCCCGUCGCACGAAUGGAUUUUGAAAUACCUUCCAUCGAGAACAACAUCCGAUCUUUCAUCCAGACAGUCAGGGAUAAUCAAUCAGCAGGUACGACUGACGAUGCCGUUACGAAUGCCGCCAAGAAGAAGAAGAAAGGAUCUUCCAUCACUGCUGCUAGGAUAGAAACCACCCAUGGACCAAGUAUCGAGAUCAAUGAUGUCUUGUAG